GAAUGUUAUGGAAGAAGAAAAAACACAAAAACCAGAAAAUAUGGAAAAUAACUUCAGUCCAAAUAACCCAUACAAGAAUGAUAUUGAAAAAGUAAUUCAGAACAAGGAAGAAGUCACAGCCUAG